GUCCGGAGCCAGGCAUGGCAUGCAUUUGGCCUAAUUAGGAAUUAAUUACUGGUACUAGUAAUAAACCGUCAAUUGCAAUUAACAAACAGUAAAAGUGGUCAUGUCAGAAACUGACGGUCUUAUUCAGUCUGGGGCUGGAAGUGUAGUCACCAAUGGUACCAGUGCAACCUUGAAUAAGCAGCAGCAGCAACAACAGCAGCAGCAGCAGCAUCAUCAAGUCUCACCAUCUCAUGGCCCAUUGAACUCAAGUCCAACUUCAACCAAUAUAUUUGUUAGGUUUAUUAGGUCAGUAUUUGGGUAUCGUAAAACCACAUUAACAUCAUUUGUAGUAUUAUCUUUGUUGUUCACAUUCUUAUUAUCAUGGUAUGAUAAUAGUUUAGAAUAUUCUGUAUCUUUACCUACUAAUAAAGAUGAGAUAUUAAUCUUACAACAAGCUUGGUUAGAUUUACAACAUAUUGCCAAAUAUGAACAUACUUAUGGAUCAAAAAGUAAUGAUUAUGUUCAUGAUUAUCUUGAAAAUCAAAUAUUAAAUGUUAUUAAACAUAAAAAUUAUAUUGAAUAUGAUAAUGAUUUAAAUGGUACUAAUAAUAUAUUAUUUAAUACUCGAUCUUCAUCAGAAUUUAGUUCAGUAUCAUAUUAUGAAAGUAAUAAUUUAGUAGUUAGAAUUAAUGGUUCUAAUGAAGAAUUACCAGCAUUUUUACUUAGUGCUCAUUAUGAUGCUGUACCUUCAAGUUUUGGAGUAACUGAUGAUGGAAUGGGUAUUGCAAGUUUAUUAGGAGUUUUAUAUUAUUAUUCUCAAUCUUCAACUAAUCAACCUGAAAGAACAAUUAUUUUUAAUUUUAAUAAUAAUGAAGAAUUUGGUCUUUAUGGUGCAACAUCUUUCUUAUCUCAUCCAUGGUUUAAACAAAUUAAAUAUUUCUUAAAUCUUGAAGGAACUGGAGCUGGUGGUAAAGCUAUAUUAUUUAGAGGUACAGAUUAUGGUAUACUUAAAUAUUUUAAAAGUGUAAGAUAUCCAUACGGUACUUCAAUCUUUCAAGAAGGUUUUAAUAAUCAUUUAAUUCAUAGUGAAACUGAUUAUAAAGUUUAUAAAGAAAAGGGAUCUAUUAGAGGUCUUGAUCUUGCCUUUUUCAAACCAAGAGAUAUUUAUCAUACCGGUAGUGAUAAUAUUAAAAAUGUUAAUAUUAAAUCAUUAUGGCAUAUGCUUGCAAAUUCUUUAGAUUUUACUGAAACUAUUACUAAUCAACAAAUUGAUUUAGAUAAUGAAUAUUUGAAUAAUGAAACUUCAAUUUAUAGUCAUGAAUUUGCUUCCUAUACUAGCUUUUUAAAUUAUUUCUUUGCUUUCCCAAUUUCACAAAUUUUAAUUGUUAAUGUGGUAACAUUACUUAUUAUUCCAAUUAUUGAAAUACCGUUCUUUUUAAUUAUUUUUAAUUAUAAAAAGGUUUGGAAAGUAACAUUCCUUAAUAUUAUUAAAUUUCCUUUAUCAAUAGUUGCAUCAUUCUUUGUUGUCCAUGGAGCUGUUUUAAAGACUAUUGAAUAUAAUGAAUUUCUUCCAAAUUCAGGUUCAGAAUUAUUAUUAAUAACUUAUUCUUCUCUCUUUUUAUUAUCAAAUUAUAUUUUCCUUAAUUUGUUUAAUGCUUUAAAUAGUUAUAAAGUUAUUAAUCAUGAUGAGAAAUUAAUAGUUAUUUGGGAAAUAUCUAUUGUUUAUGCCAUUGUUUUAAUAUGGUCAACAAUUAAACUUUCAAAUAAUGAAAUUGGUAAUGAUCAUACUGGUGAAUUCCCAUUCUUAUUCUUAUAUAUUUUACAAGCUAUUGGGUCAAUAUUUGGAUUUAUUGGAUGGAGUUUAAAAUCUUCUAAAAGACCAACUAUUAUUGAAGGAACUAUCAGUGAAUCUCAACCUCUUUUACAUAAUGAUGAAGUUAAUUAUGGUACUGAUUUCCAUGAUGGUGAUAUUAGAAUUUCCCUGACAUCAUCUUCACUUUUAAAUCCUGAAGAAGAUUUAUUUGCUGGACAUGAAACUUUAAAGAAAUUCUUUAGUUAUGAUUGGUCUUUACAAUUUUUAAUUAUAGUUCCCUUUUCAUCAUUAAUUAUUUAUAAUUCAGGUUAUUUAAUUCUUGAAGGAAUUAAGAAAUCUAUACAAGAAUCAUUAGCAGCUGAAUACUUGAUCUAUAAAUUUAUUGUUAUUUUUUCAAUUGCAUGGUCAAUUCCUUUCUUACCAUUUGUAUUCAAAUUGAAUAGAAUUAUUGUCUUAGCUUUAAUUGCUAUAGUUGCAUCAGGAACCUUUUUUGUUGCAGUUACAAAUCCAUUCGAUCAAUUGAAUCCUCUUAAAUUAAGAUUUGUUCAAUCAAUCUACUUAGAUCAAGGCUUGGAUAGUUAUGUUAAUGUGGUAGGACGUAAGGGAACUCCAAUAGAUGAUGUUCUUGCUGAUAUUCCUUCUCUUAAAGAAUCUCAUGAAGUAUUGAAUUGUACUGCUACUACUGAUGGUAAUCAAAUAUGUUCAUAUAAGAGUACUCUUUCUCCUAAUUUAAUUGAUGGAGUAACAAAUUAUGGUGAAUUAUUGGAAGUAGAGAUCUUGAAGAAUUCAUCAUCAGGUAGUGAUCAUCCAUUUGGAUAUCUUGUCGGAGAAUUUAAAGUUAAAACAAAAGAAAAUAGAAUGUGUAUUUUAAAUUUCAAUAAAGGGGUAACUAGUUCUUCACAAUCAUCAGCUUAUAAAGAUGUACCUGUUAAAACUGUUAUUGUCUAUAAUGACAAACCUAAAUCUAAUCUUUCUAAUAGUGAUAUAAAUACUAAAGCUAUUCCAGAAGGAUUCUCAACUGAUUCUAAUGGAAAUUAUAUAUAUAAAGAUCUUGCAGGAAUUAAUCAAAUUCAAUUAAAUAAAUUAUCUUGGGAUAAAGAUUAUCAUAUUGGUAUUCAAUGGGUUCCUAAUUUGGCAGAAGAUACUUCGGAAAGUAAAUUAUCAAUUACUGCUAUUUGUUAUUGGGCUGAUUUAGCACCUUUAGCAACUGAUCAAGGAGUUUUAAGUUCAAUUCCAGCAUAUGAUGAAUUAUUACAUUAUACCCCAAACUAUGUUACUUUUGCUAAUUAUGAAAGAGGAUUAGUGUCUAUUACCAAAUCUUUCCAAGUUUAAUCAACAUUUUCUUAAUUGUUUCUCUAAUUAUUUAUGUAUUAUUUAAUAUAUUUUUAUUCAUAUUGAAAAUGA